UCCCCUUUAAAUAUCCGGUUGAGGGACUUAAUUAAUUAAAUUCAGUAGGAUGUAUCGAACAGAAACAUUAUUCCGAUACCAUUUGUCUUACUGGCUAGGGACCGGGAUGGCAGCUCCGUCUGAAGCCGGGCGCAAGAAUGAGGGGGCAUCUAGGCAAAGACCUGUCACCAGCGCAGCCGGCUGCCAUUUCAUCUGAUGCUGUUCAUAUCAGCCCUCCAUUUUUAAUUCAACAAAAUACUCUGUUUCCUUUUAUUAUUUUCCAGGGGCGCCUUCAUGUUUUCUUAAACAUGGUUACCUUCCAUAAAUGAAUUCGAUAUUUCCUCGUUCCACACUCUGGCUCCACUGGGAGUGAGAACACGCCAAUAUGGUCCGCAUAGCUAACGCUUUGGGCUUGGUCAUUUUAAGCGUUGCUCUGCUCAUCUUGUCCUUGAUCAGCUACGUGUCUAUAAAAAAAGAUAGCAUUUUUUCCACCCCCAAAUAUGCUAAUUCUGGGGGUCCGAGGAUUAUGUUUCAUGCUGGAUUUCGGUCACAGUUUGCCAUGAAUUUUCUGGACCCAUCUUUCAUUCCGCUGACCAAUGCCCUGAAUGAAGAACUGCAGGAAAAGCCAUCCAGAUGGAAGUUCAACAAGACAGCUUUCAUACAGCAAAGAAAGGAGAUCUUUAACUACAUUGAUGUGGCCAACAACUUCUCUCUGACCAAGAAUGCUGUUCAUGUGGGCCAGCUGAUGCACUACGACUAUUCCAGUCAUAAGUAUGUCUUCUCCAUUAGCAACAAUUUCAAGUCCCUGCUUCCUGACUCCUCCCCCAUCCUGAACAAGAAUUACAAUGUGUGUGCAGUGGUGGGCAACAGCGGCAUACUGACAGGCAGCCAGUGCGGAUCCGAGAUUGACCGCUCAGACUUUGUCUUCCGCUGCAACUUCGCUCCUACCGAAUUCUUCCACAAGGACGUGGGCCGCAAGACCAAUCUCACCACCUUCAACCCCAGUAUCCUGGAGAAGUACUACAACAAUCUGCUGACCAUCCAGGACCGCAACAACUUCUUCCUCAGCCUGAAGAAGCUGGACAGAGCCAUCCUCUGGAUCCCAGCCUUCUUCUUCCAUACCUCGGCCACUGUCACCAGGACCCUGGUUGACUUCUUUGUGGAGCACAAGGGCCAGUUGAAGGUCCAGUUGGCCUGGCCAGGAAACAUCAUGCAGUAUGUCAAUAGAUACUGGAAGACAAAGCAGCUGUCCCCGAAGCGCCUGAGCACAGGGAUCCUCAUGUACACUCUGGCCUCGGCCAUGUGUGAGGAGAUCCACCUCUACGGUUUCUGGCCCUUCGGCUGGGACCCCAACACAGGCAAGGAGCUGCCCUAUCAUUACUACGACAAGAAGGGCACCAAAUUCACCACCAAGUGGCAGGAGUCUCACCAGCUGCCAUCCGAAUUCAGGCUGCUCUACAAGAUGCAUGGAGCUGGUUUGACCAAACUGAGUCUUUCACACUGUGCCUAGAAAGACGCCAGGGUGCCCUUGAGUCCAACCAUUUAUCUGACAACACUUCGACCAAAGCGCCCUACCAUUGUGUCAUAGCACCCCCCCCCCCCAUGAGGCACAUGAUAAUGCAUCAUGAACAUGAGCACCUUUCUGAGCCCUGUAUGUUUUUGCCCUUAUUGUCAUAGGUGCCACAGAUACCUGUCAUGUCUUGUACUACAUGUCAUUCACAGACUGAUGUUUUAGUACCAUACAGUUGCAUCACACUAUUUACUUCGACCAUGGUUCCACCUUAUGACAACGUUUAUUGAAACCAUGGUUGUUUCUAUAUAUGUUCAGCACUUGACAUACAAUUUUUCACACCACAGGCGUUUCUCUGUGUUUUAGCCAAUGUUUAGGAAAAACAUGCAGUAAAGUGGCCCCAGAUUAAAAGCCUUUUUUUAUUUAUAGCUUGCUAUUUGCACAGAGCUGAGUUACCAUUUCAUGAAAUAUUAAACUGUACUUGGGGAAGCCAGAUACUUCUGUAUAUUGUAAUAGGCUACAGACUUCCACCCUCACCCCAUUUAAUGAUUC